AUGCAGCUGCCUUCCGCGACUCCUCGUAAUUUCCCCACUUUUUGCAGUAUCUCGGUUACAGCGGUAGGAGUAGGUUGUCUGUUUUUGUUCGCAGGCAAAACUGAAGGCUGCGUGAGCCACACUGAGCAUCACACUUUGGCGGUGACCAAAGUGCAGAAGACCACGGCAGAGGGAGAGAAGAUUUGACUUGCUCCUUCUCCACACUGCGCAGCGUCCGCAGCCGAAUGCAGCACAUUCCAGCUCCUCACCAGCUCGUACAUCGGAACUUCCUCUUGAUGGGACAGCACCAAAUUCCGGUCCUGUGGCUGGAGCUUUAAAGAGACGCACCGAGCAGCGCUGAUGUGAGAUCCAAAACAAGGAGACAUGUCUGCCGCUCAAGGACUUCUCAACAGCGUCUUCUCCUGCUCCUCUCCUGCCUCCAAAGCCAUCACCAAACGGAGGCUGCGCCAGACCCGGAGCCUGGACCCCGCAAUCAUAAGACAUUAUGGCACCGGCACUGAUGGAGCGAGUGGAGCACCGUUUUCUGCGGACGCAGGUGCGUCUCCGGAGCGUGUGGCCGUCAAACCGGCUUUACGCACCAAGAUCCCGACACUCAAGGAGCCCAUAACCCCGUCCGUCUCUUCUCCUUCCAUACCUUUGGACGUAUCGCCAUCCUCCAACUGCCACUUUGACUAUGACAUCGUGAAGCGAGCCAAAAGGAAUACCGCCGGGGAUUUACCGUUUCUGGUGAGGGGACCCGGUGCCGCGCCGUCCGGGAGCACCGGUACGCUCUUCUCGCCGCGGAGGUGGCUCCAGAAGAAAGUGCAGCCGUCCAGCUCUCACGCUUACGUUGUGUGGAAAUCAGAGGGUGAUUUCACUUGGAGCAGCCUGUCGGGGCGGAGUGUGCGCCUGACACCCGUUGCCAUCCAGAGCCUGUCGGAGCUGGAGAGGGCCAGGCUGCAGGAAGUGGCCUACACCCGUUUACAUCAGGACUAUGACCUGGGAUGUCAGAUUACCAUGCCAAAAGAUGGACAGAAGAGGAAAAAGUCCCUCAGGAGGAAGUUGGACUCUCUAGCAAAAGAGAAGAGUAAAGACAAAGAAUGCAUACCCCAGGCCUUCAGUAUACCGCUCUCCCAGGUCAUCGCUAAUGACAGAACACACAGGCAGCGUCAGGAUGGCUAUCGUCAGGACCCUCCACAGCGCGAGGAGCACAAGGACUCCUCUGACCUUGUCUCUUCUAUUUUACAGUUUGCCACCAAGCGGCCAUCCAAUAAGGAGUUAUCCAGCAGUAACUCCUCACUGAGUUCUACAUCAGAGACAGCCAAUGAGUCAACAUCACCCAACACCCCUGAAGCUGCACCACGAGCACGCAGGAGGGGAGGCAUGUCAGUGGACUCCAUCACUGACCUGGACGACAACCAGUCGCGCCUGCUCGAGGCGCUGCAGCUCUCUCUGCCGGCCGAAACGCCGAGUAAAAAGGAGAAGCACCGGGACAAAAGGCUGAGUCUAAAUCCCAUCUACCGUCAGGUGCCCCGGGUGGUCGACAGCUGCUGUCAGCACAUCGAGAAAUAUGGUUUGCAGACUGUGGGGAUCUUUAGAGUGGGCAGCUCCAAGAAGAGAGUCCGUCAACUACGUGAGGAGUUUGAUCGUGGCGUUGAUGUCCAGCUGGAUGAGGAGCACAGUGUUCAUGAUGUGGCUGCUCUGCUGAAGGAGUUCCUCAGGGAUAUGCCCGACCCUCUCCUGACCAAGGAGCUCUACACGGCCUUCAUCAACACCACAUUGUUGGACCCAGAUGAGCAGCAGAAUGUAGCUCAGCUACUGGUCUACCUGCUCCCAGCAUGCAACAGUGACACGCUUCAUCGCCUUCUGCAGUUUCUGUCCACCGUGGCCGAUCACGCCCACGACCAGCAGGACAAAGACGGACAGGAGAUCACAGGCAACAAGAUGACGUCUUUAAACCUGGCCACCAUCUUUGGCCCUAACCUGCUCCACAAGCAGAAGAGCUCAGACAAAGAGUUCAGCGUCCAGAGCUCGGCCAGAGCCGAGGAAAGCACAGCCGUCAUCGCCGUGCUGCAAAGAAUGAUCGCCAGCUUCCAAACCCUCUUCAUGGUUUCUCCUGAUCUGCAAAAUGAGGUGUUGAUGAGUCUGUUGGAGACUGAUCCAGAUGUGGUGGACUACCUUCUGAGGAGAAAAGCGUCACAGAGUCCCGACCUGCUGCAGUCAGAGGAGCCCUUCACCCUGAGCGAGCGCCGUUCCUCCAGCGACUCCAACAAGGCGUCCAGUGGCGAGGUGUCCCCGUAUGACAACAACUCUCCGGUCCUGAGUGAGCGGAGAGGGGAACCAGGGAGCCCAGGCAGCGAGCAGCUCUUCCGUGUCCCAGAGCAGUACACUCUGGUGGGGCAGGUGCCUGGCUGGAGCAGAGAGCCUGGAGCAGCUGACACUUGGGGAACCAAAGAGGAGCAUGCUAACAUUUGGGGGACGUGGCACAGUACUCUGAAACCAACACUCAAGGACCAACCAUACACAGGUUCCCAUGGAAACAUGUCAGAGGGAAGCUCGCGCAGCUCACAGGAAGGUCUUGACGGACUCCAUGGCGAUGGCAGGCACCUGGCAACGCUACAACGGACUCAGACAGCGCCCGGCGUCACUGAGUGCAGACCCCACCCCCCAGUCACCAGGGUGUGCACUAGCCCUCAUGUAGGGAAAGGCCGGCCACGCCUGCAGAUAAACAUCAACCCCUCUGUGACGUCCCACCUCAACAGCACGCAGGGCCUCCAGCGAGCAAGCGGACACGGAAUUAACCUGACCUCCAGACCUCAAGGCGGGGCGAACACUGGUGAUAGUGGCCCCGCUCUGCUUAACGACGGCCGCUCUCCACCCCCUUAUGACGCCCAACAUCGGCUGGCUAGCUCGCAAAGUUCACCUCAGCCUGCAGCGGCUCAGCGGCCCCCUCUGCAGCACGGGAGGCCGAGUGCGGCGCAGAGUAACUCGGCCUCAACGACAGAGGCCCAAAUGCUGCCGCAGAGCCCGGAGUGGCAGGACUGGCAGAGGGACCGGUGGCAGAUCUGGCAACUGCUGUCCUCGGACAAUGCUGACACAUUGCCUGAAACACUGGUGUGAUCUCAGACCAUGAAUUUGAGCUUAAUCUCUGUAGAGAUUCUGCUCUGCGAGCCAACCAAUGGCAUAAUCAACCCCCUCCUAUUGACAAUCAGUCCUCAUCCUUACCCUCAUAUUUUCUCUUGGCCUGCCUUUCACCCAUUCAUCCAUGGAUUUCAUCCUUUCCAUGAACCUUCUAUGCUUCUCUUGCAUUUUAGCGCCAUGGCGUUGUUGUUUACGUGUGCAGCUGCUGCCUUAUAGACUUUUACGUCCAAGAGCCACUAGUAUUUCAUGUUUUGUAUAGAUGUUCAAAAAUUACUUCUGUUCCUAGCCCCUAUGUUUUGUCCAUAAUGACCAUUGAGUUGGGAGCAUUAAAAAAUGCCCACCAGAAAUACCUCAAAAAACUAUUCUUUCACACCUCUUCAGAAUAUUACCAUGACCACAUUUUCUAUUCUGAGAGAGUUCAGUCUUCAUAUCUCAAUUAAGAACAAUAGGAAAGCACCAUUUGUUUAGUUUGUUAUAUUUCUAAUGUCAUCAUUUUUGAAUUUUUCUUUUAAAGUUUCACAAUAACACACUAAGACGUACGCAUUAGUAAUUGCUGCUAAAUGAAGACUUUUUGUGUGCGAUACUUUUCAGUGACAGAUUCUGUUUGACUGCAUA